CGCUGUCGCCGCAGCAAUUGUUGUCGCCUCAAGUAACGACACCGAAUUCUUCGGUGGCGGAAUUUUCGUCGUUGAUGCAGCCACCGCGACCCCAUCCACAGCCUCCACCUCCCCCUCCGCCAGCCUCUACACAACCUGCAAGCUCGAUGGGCAGCAAGCAGGUGCAGACGGAGCUCACUUGCCAGAGGAUACAGGAAUUUGAAACACAAGCGUCUUCAGAUCUGGAGUUACGUAAUAAUAAAAUUGACGAAUUGAACCGAACAACAGAGGAACUUAGGCAUCAAAUGGCUAAUCAGCAGAAAGUGAUUGAGCAGCACAAAUCGCAUAUAAAUAAGUGUAUAGACGUUGUAAAGAAGUUAUUAAAAGAAAAAUCAAACAUAGAAAAAAAAGAAGCUAGACAAAAGUGCAUGCAAAAUAGACUGAGGCUAGGUCAGUUUGUGACUCAGAGGGUAGGAGCAACUUUUCAAGAAAAUUGGACGGACGGAUACGCUUUUCAAGAAUUGGCGCGACGGCAAGAAGAAAUAACGUUGGAAAGAGAAGAAAUUGAUAAGCAGAAGAAAUUGCUUCAAAAAAGGCCAUCUAAUAGUGAGACGGGACGGAAACGGAGCCAACCUCAACCUUCUUUGCAUAAUGGUACCGAAGCUACGUUUCUAAAGCCGGACGCUGUGCCAGGAUCGUAUACGUGGCAGGAAUACUACGAGGCUGAUGAAAUACUCAAGCUGAGGCAAAGUGCACUGAAGAAAGAAGACGCAGAUCUGCAACUCGAGAUGGAGAAGCUUGAACGAGAACGUAACUUGCAUAUUAGAGAACUGAAACGUAUACACAACGAGGACCAAUCGCGCUUCAACUCUCAUCCUGUACUCAACGAGCGAUACCUUUUACUCAUGCUAUUAGGCAAAGGCGGCUUUAGCGAAGUCCAUAAGGCAUUUGAUCUGAAGGAACAACGCUACGUAGCGUGCAAGGUACAUCAACUUAAUAAAGACUGGAAAGAAGACAAAAAAGCUAACUAUAUAAAGCACGCGCUGCGGGAAUACAAUAUACACAAGGCACUAGAUCAUCCACGUGUUGUUAAAUUGUACGACGUGUUUGAGAUUGAUGCCAACUCGUUCUGUACAGUGUUAGAGUACUGUGAUGGUCAUGAUUUAGGCUUCUGCCUCAAACAGCAUAAAACUAUACCGGAGAGGGAAGCGAAAUCAAUUGUCAUGCAGGUUGUUUCUGCACUGAAGUACCUCAACGAAAUAAAACCACCUGUCAUUCACUACGACUUGAAACCAGAAAAUAUUUUAUUGACCGAAGGAAACGUGUGUGGCGAAAUUGAAAUAAACACAGAG